AUGAAAAAUUACUCAAGCCUGAAUUCAUCUCAUUUAUUGUUUUUAGCCUAUCUCAAUCAAUAGGUAAUUUAAAUUCUUACAAAAUUUAUUUUUGAGUUUUUAAAUUUGGCAGGGUAGAACAUCUCAUAAAGGAAAAGAAUUAAGUUAUAAAUAUAAUUUAGAAAGUUUAUUUUAUAUAACACUUUACUUGAGAAAUGGUAUUUGUGA